ACAUUUUUUAACUUGAAGAUUCAUCGUUUUUGGUCAACCCAGAGCCAUCACGUUGCACAGAUUAAAGUAGAAUUGGUAAACCGCCGGGCUGCUACGUAGAACUAAAUAGCAAAUUCCUCGUACUGUAUGUGUAGAGCUAAACCUACUUAUCGACAAACCUGAUUUUGAUCGAGAAGAAACCGCCAGUCUGUGGCAUGCGCAUUGGGGUCGCAAGCUAGAUAGCAAGCAAGUCUCGGUCUAAACAGGAUUAAGUGAAAACUAGUAGGUGUGGUAACCGGAUAGGAGUUUAAUCGGGAAACCAUUUGGAAGUGUUGGACGGAAAAAACAACCGCGUGUCAAACUGUGACGGUGACUAAACAUCUGCAUCAUUUAGUAACAGAAGAAACUAGUCACGACAAUACAGCAGCACGAGAAGCUACAUCCACUAGCUAGACUUCCAGGUCUUGGUCGCUAGCUGUGUGUGGCUGGCAGGUUACAGUUGCAUCUUACUUGGCUCCUGUCAGCAGCUGUGUUAUAAAUGGGGAACAGUGCUCUUAAGUCUCACCUGGAGACCUCACAGAAGACGGGGGUCUUUCAGCUGACUGGAAAGGGUCUCCCUGAGUUCCCUGAGGAGCUCCAAAGACUGACUGGUAACCUGCGGACUGUGGAUUUGUCCAACAACAAGAUAGAGGUGCUUCCGGCUUCCAUAGGGAACUUUCUACAUAUGAAGAGUUUGACUCUUAACUGUAACAAACUCACGAGUCUCCCCUGUGAGAUAAGCAAGCUGAAAAAGUUGGAGACACUGCUGUUGAAUGGUAACCAACUCCAGCAACUGCCAGCCACCAUGGGACAGCUCAAGGCCCUACGGACCCUUAGCCUGGCAGGGAACAAGUUCAGGGAGUUCCCCCCUGGCCUGGGCACCCUCCGACACCUGGACCUGCUGGACCUGUCCAAGAACCACAUCCAGGCCGUGCCCCCCGAGGUCUCUGCUCUGCAGACAAUAGAGAUCAACUUGAACCAGAACCAGAUCUCGUUGUUGUCUGGGGAGGUAUCCAGGUGUCCCAGACUAAAGGUGCUGCGCCUCGAGGAGAACUGCCUGGAACUUUGCUCCAUUCCUACCUCCAUCUUGACGGACUCUCAGGUCUCCCUACUGUCUGUGGAGGGCAACCUGUUUGAGGUGAAGGAUAUGAGGGACUUGGAGGGUUACGAGAAGUAUAUGGAGCGUUUCACCGCCACCAAGAAGAAGUUUGCCUGAAGAAGAUUCGUAGACUAGAGCACUCCCUGAAGUCAAUCUUUAAAACUACUAGCUACUAGCUCUCAACCACCCACUCUCGAAGUGGGUGGGUGUGGCUUUACGACAACAGCAGCUUCUGCAGCAUCAGAGCACAGUGAAGGAGGAUGGCGAUGGAGGGACAGACUAACAGAUGGAUAGACGGACGAACAUGCGGACAGCAGGUUACUGGUCUAUGUCUGGUUGGAUAUAAACACCGGCAUCAGAUCAGUAAUGGAGGUUACCAGUAUGUCAACAACACAUCCCAGGGACAGCACACUGAUUUAGGAUGCCCACAGAUACUACAUUUAAUCAUACUAAAUUAUCUUCAAAUAAAUGUUUGUCUGUUUAUGAACAAAAUGCACAUUGUACUUUGAAGCAUGACAGUGGGUAGUGAUGUUCCAUUUAAAGUGGCAUGUCAUUGUCAAAACACUGGUAUAUUAUGGUUUCUAAUCUAUCUAACAAGCACCAUGACUGUAGAAGGAAAGUCCCUAUUGUUCAGUAUUAUAUUGAGGAGAUUAUAAUGGAUGUGUUUUGCUUGUCAGUGACACUAAACCUAUGCAGUUGCCCAGAAUUAAGCAAGUUAUGUGAAGACUAAGAAGCGUGUACAUGACCAGGAUGAGUUGAUGUGAGAGACAAUAUAUAAUUGAAGUUUUUGUACAGACGAGGACUGUCUCCACUUGGCCAGUAAUGUUGUUUAUUAUCCGUUACCCUACUGAAAUAAGUAAAAACACAGGAGAGCUGUAGUACUAUAGGUAACUGGUAAUCGUUUUCUGAUCAACAUGUAGUGGAUGAAAGUAUAGAUGACACUGUUUGUGAGAGGCUUGGCUUGAAAUGAAGGAAAUGACUUCCCACAAAAAGGUUCAUAGCACAAAGAUCAUCACCAGAUAAAGAUCCGUCUUUGUGCUAUCAAUCUUUUUUUGAACCUUUGAAACACUUUGGACUCAGGCCUUCAGUCUGUUUUGCACGCCCACCUUCUCACUACAUAUAGUUUCUAUUUUAAUCUAUGAAUAUUUUAGCAUAUUUCUAUUCAGUUGUUUUAAGGAGUGGUACAUGUUUCCACCUGCUCCUUUCCCAAUAUGAACGCGCCUUUUCUUGUGCUGAAUCUUGUACUAAAUAUUUAUUUUCGCCCACAACCUCUUAAAUGGAUUGUUAUUGUUUUUAAAUCAUAUUUGCUGAUCAGUUGUGUUGUUUCUGUGAAAGGAGGAGUAGUCAGCCGUCUAUAACUAAUACAGGUAUUGUAUGGAUGUAGGUUACUACAGUUGUCUUUCUUUAAAUUGCUAGUGUGGCAAGCUGCUAGCCUUAUGUGCUGGGUACAGCUUCACACUGAAACCGUUCCAUCGUUUACGGUCAGUGAGAAUACUAUUCAUCAAGAUUAUCCUACCACGGUUACUCCACAACUUAAAGUCUAAGGGAAUCAUUUAGAAGAACAAACUUUUUAGAUAAUUAAUGUAGCAUAGAAUGCCUAUCUAGAAAGCGAACUCGACAUUGUUGUCAUUAAAUGUGUUACUUUAACAGUUUAGUUUCUCUCGAAGACUCAUUAGCCUAUAUAGCCCUGUACUUCAUAACAACCCUUGAACGCGUUUAGAAUGUUUAAGUUGUCCCAUACGUGUUUCUGUACAAUGGAGUCUUGCUUUGUAGCUUUGGUGAACAUUUUACAUCGCAUUCGCUGAUUAGUUUAUUCAACUGGACUGUUGAACUUGUAUAAUCACCACGUGACCUCGUUUUAUCUCAUUACAUUCUCGUAUUAAAUAGGCUAUAUCUA